AUGACCUCUCAUAAACCAAAACAGUGGAUUAAAUGGAUUGCCUUGGCUGAACACUGGUAUAACACGAACUUCCAUUGUUCUCUACAAUCUACGCCUUUUCAGGCUUUGUAUGGCUACCCUCCCCCUCAAAUUGCUGUCAAUGCUUCUGCUAGAGCUAUUGAUGAGAGCUCUGAACAGUGGGUUCAAGAGAGAAUGUCCUUCUUAGCUGUGAUGAGAGAUAGAAACAGAUCUGAAAGGACAUUGCAGGUGGGAGAUUGGGUGUUCCUCAAACUUCAGCCUUACAGACAAUCUUCAGUAGCCAUCAGGAGGAAUCUCAAGCUGUGUUCCAAUAGCAUACAGGUUGCAGUUGCCUUCGGGGACUCUAAUCCACCCGUUUUUCAUGUGUCACAGCUGAAAAAGAAGGUAGGAAGUAAUGCCACAGCACAGUUACAAGCACCAUUAGUUGGUCCUGAGGGUCAGUUGCUUUCUGAACCAGUUGCUAUAUCGGAUAGGAGGAUCCUAAAGAAAAACAAUGCUGCUGUAGUUGAAGUUCUUGUACAGUGGGCAAAUCUUUUACCGGAGGAGGCUACAUGGGAAGAGUAUCACCACUUGAAGGCACAGUUUCCAGAAUUUGAUCCUUGA